AAAAGAAUCGUCUCAAAAAUAAAUUUUAAUAAAGUUUUUGUAUAAGCGAACUAUUAGGAAAUAUUUACGUAGACUGCAAGUAAAUGAUGUCAUCAAAGUGAACAAUUAACAAAAGAAACUAAAGCAAAUUAACAUAAAGAUAAACAACAGCACGUACCAUUUGCAGUAAUAAUAAAAACAAUAACUAAAAUUGAAACUAUGGAAACAACAAAAACAUAUCUUAUGGAGAAAUAUAAUGGGUUAUGUAAUACAUUGGAACAGCAAACGAUUGGCACCGAAUUGGUAGCUUAUGGUGUAUCUGGCGUAUUGCUUUUGGUGGCUUAUGCAAAACGCAAACCAGCGUAUUUGGUGCGUCAAUUUAAAAAACCCUCGCACAUACCUGAACAAUUGAUUAAUGAACGUGUAGUACAUACUGGCGUCAUUAAAGCCGUCCAACAACACAAUCAAGACACAAUAUUAUAUAUAAAUCAUCGUCCAUGGUUAUCAAUAUUCAUGAGCAGUAAAAGAGUAUUGCCAGUUAAACUGUCUGGUAUAAAAGUCAAUGGCAAUGGUUUUUCUUGGCUGCAAAAUUGCUUGGUGGGACGGGAAGCCACAUUUAUACCACUCACCAAAAGUAAAGCAGAUGAUUUUGUUAUAUGCCAAAUGUGUUUAGUUCAUCCACCAAAAAGUAAUAAAUUAAUCGAUAUUUCCGAAACUUUAAUUAAGUUGAGAUUUGCCAAUUAUGUUCAGGAUGCGGCAAAUGCUAAGAAAAAUGCAAAAUAUUACAAACAUUUACAAAAAGUUGAAGUUAAUACGAAGAGCAAGGAGUCAUGGUUUUCAUGGUUUGCGCGCUAUCCGUUUAUGUGGAAAGCUGUAUGUGAUCUCAGAGCUUCAGUGCUGCCAAAGCAAAAGUUGUUACCUGAAUUAGUGCGUUAAUACUGCGAAGUUUUGUUAAGCUUU